UGCUGUGCAUAGAAUCCGGGAUGAUCGUCCGCAUUCCUCGCUUGCUCUCCAAAACGAAACCCUUCCUUCUCCAGCACCAGAGCACCAUCUCCAUUCUCCUUCUCUCUCACUUCCGUGCCCUCUCAACCUGUCCUUUCCAUGACCAUAAUCCUAAACCCCGAACCAGGUCUCUUACUCCCCUCGAGAGGCAGUUCGAGACCUGGGUAUCCCGUCUCAGCCCUGGUUUCACCUCCGCUGACGUCGACGCCGCCCUCCGCGACCAAUCAGACCCCGAUCUCGCCCUCGACAUCUUCCGCUGGACUGCCCUCCAGCCCGGUUACCGCCACUCGCCCUCAACCUACCACACCAUGCUCCACAUUUCCGUUACCUCCCGCCGCUUCUCCACCGCCGAAUCCCUGAUUUCCGACGUCCUCUCUGGUGUCUGCCCUCCUGAUCUCCCCCUCCUCAACUACGCCAUCCGUUUCUGCUGCUCCCAACGCCGCCUCUUCUCCCGUGCAUUUGAACUUUACAGGCUCAUGCUGCGCUCCGCCGCCUGUCGCCCCUCUCUGGAGACAUUCUCCCUUCUCCUCGCAGUUCUUGUCAAUCGUUUUGGUAAGCCCCCUAUUUGCUACAUCUAUCUCCGUUCUGUCCGUUCUCUGGUGCGGCAGAUGAAGGCUUCCGGAGUAAUUCCGGACACCUACACCCUUAAUAUCAUCAUCAAGGCUUACUCCAUUUGCUUGGAUAUGGAUGAAGCAAUGCGCGUUUUUCGGGAGAUGGAGCUUUAUGAAUGUGAGCCUAAUGAAUACACUUAUGGGUAUAUUACCAAGGGCUUUUGUGAGAAGGGUUUGGUUGAUCGCGGAUUUGGGUCUUUUAAUGAAAUGAGGGAUAAAGGUUUUGUGCCAACGAGUAGCGUCUACAUGGUUUUGAUUUGCAGCUUAGCUAUGGUGGGGAGGUUUGAGGAGAGUAUAAGGGUUUUGUUUGAUAUGUUGGAGAAUUCAUUGAGGCCAGACAUUUUGACAUAUAGGACCAUUUUGGAGGGGAUGUGCAGGGGAGGGCAAACGGAGGAAGCCUUCAAACUUUUGGAAGAGCUUGGGAGUAAUAAUAGCGCUAUGGAUCGGAAAGUGUAUUCUGAUUUGUUGGAUGGCUUGCAUUGGCUCUGUAAUCCCCAGGAUUAGUGCUUUUGGUUCAGAGCUACAUCUGUAUUAGAUGGGGAUGUCAUUUGGCCUGUGUUUGAACUUUCAAAUCACUUUGGUUGACCUUGGAGGAGAUGGAAAUGGAAAAUUAGUAGUGACCCUGAAUGCUAGGAUGAACUUUGGAAGACAAUGGUGUGGUUUAUAUGCUUGCAAAUACUAAUGGAGAGGACAUUGUAUCGGUCUGUACAGAGGAAGGCCUUUGGUAGGCAUAGGCAUCUAUUAUACCAAUUAUGAAUCAUUUUUUGAUGGAUAUCGAUAGAUUUUUUUUAGUGUUUACUUAAGAUAAGCUUAUUUGUAAUAUUGAUUACUAUCUUGAUAUUGGCAUGUGUUUUAGUUGCUGCAACACAUAAUGAGAUUAGGAUGAAGUACCGGCAGCUGGAAGUAAAAUAAGAAGCUGCUUGCUUCAAAAUUCUUCAGAAAAUUUUAAUAUUUCAUAUUGAGGUUGACCCCUUCCUGUAUCCAAUUCAUGGAAAAUCGUUUUCUAGAUGAUGGGUGUGAUGGAGAAAUCCAUGUUUCACUAUGAUGUUUUUUAUGUUCUCGAGCAGUUUUGCCCAAGUCAUAGAAGAUUUUUAUAUGCUUGGUAAGACCAUCAUUUAAUCUAUCAGACAAUUGUGAGUGUAUUCCUAUAAGAUGGAGAGUUUUUUUACUUUUGGAUGUAGAUGGUGUACAACGGCAGCCUUGGAACUUUACUACUUGAGGAUCAUUUGUUACAUUCCGGUACCUAAAAGGAGGCCAGUCCAUUGAAUCAGAGGCUCCCAGAUCAGUACUCACCAAUCUUUCUUGAAAUUGGUUUCUAUUAUAAACAAUCACCCUAUUAUAUGCUGGUCGUGCAAUUACAGUCUGUGAUUUGCAGAACUCCCAUCGAGGGAGGGAGGUCUGGUAAUGAUUUGAUGGGUAGAAUUCUAUUCAACCAUAGAUGCUCGAGGGUUGAGUUGGUCAACAAAGAAGAUCACAAGCACUGGAACGAUUACAGUUCUUCAAGGUGUAAUCUUUCCAGAGAGGAAGGCAUGUUCGGCAGCAAAUGAUGCUGAGGAACCUUUUCCCACAAAGUAAAUCUCAAGUGAAGAGAGGCUUGGCAAGGAGGAAGGGAGAGACUUUAGUGAUUUGAGGUUUAUAAAUUCAGCUCACAAUGGGAUGAGCUAACUUGCAGAAGCCACUGCUCUGCUCCUCCAAGAAAUGAAACCAGCUCAUCAUUAUUCUGAAUUGUCAGGUUUUUCUUUUUCAAUGGAUCCAUUAGCAACACGGAUGGAUCCUUUAUACUGACUAAGCUGAAUACGAGCCCACAGCUCUCACUAGUCUUUACUUUGAGAUUGUUGAAAUUGCCAAUUUUUGAGCUAAAAUGUUGCGACAGUUGAUAGUUCUUUGAAGCCAAUUAAAAGCUUGCCAUUCAGUGGUAUCUAUUUGCAACUUCUCGAGCUUAGGAGGUAAGGAGGGCAACUCCUGUAAAUUUGGGCUGAAUUUGAGGUAGAGUUUAGUUAAGUUGUGGGCUCCAAAAAUUCUGACCGCUCCUCGAGAAACUCUCUACAUUUAUUUUAGUUUUGUUUAGUGUGAGAGCCUUGGAGGGUAAGAUUUUUAAAAGUCAAAUGAGAUAGUAGAUAAGACACUACCCAGAUAUCUCACCCUCAUUUUGCAAGGAUUUUUUGAUCCGAGGUUUGAGGUUUUUCAUAGACGCAAGCCCCGG